AUGUCGAGGUAUAACUUCUUAUUGUGCUUGAUGGUGCUCAUUUCCCUGGGACAGUCGGGGAGCGACGAGCCCAAUCUGCUGCUGCCUCCAGCCAGCGAGACGCCCACCAACGCCGGCCUGUCGCUCCUGGACGAGGACGCCGGUUCCCACGAGUGCUCCGCCUGCGUUUGGAGGGAACAAAGCAAAGUGCUGAGGCUGGAGACCAUCAAGUCGCAGAUCUUGAGCAAGCUGCGUCUGAAGCAGGCGCCCAACAUCAGCCGGGAGGUGGUCAACCAACUGCUGCCCAAGGCGCCGCCGCUCCAGCAGCUCCUGGACCAUCACGACUUCCAGGGGGAUGCGUCGUCCCAGGAUGAGUUCAUGGAGGAGGAUGAGUACCACGCAACCACGGAGUCCGUCAUCACCAUGGCUUCUGAGCCGGAGCCUCUGGUGCAGGUGAACGGCAAACCGAGCUGCUGCUUCUUCAAGUUCAGCCCCAAACUAAUGUUCACCAAGGUUCUGAAGGCCCAGCUGUGGGUGUACCUGCGGCCCCUGCAACAGACCUCCACCGUCUACCUGCAGAUCCUGCGGCUCAAGCCUGUGACGGAUCAGGGCAGCCGCCACAUCCGUAUCCGUUCUCUGAAGAUAGAGCUCAACUCCAGGGUGGGCCACUGGCAAAGCAUUGACUUCAAGCACGUGUUGCAGAACUGGUUCAAACAGCCCCACACCAACUGGGGGAUCGACAUCAAUGCCUUUGAUGAGAGCGGCAAUGACCUGGCCGUUACCUCACUGCGACCCGGGGAGGAGGGGCUGCAGCCGUUUCUGGAAGUGAAGGUUCUGGAGACGACCAAACGUUCUCGAAGAAACCUGGGUCUCGACUGCGACGAGCACUCCACCGAAUCCCGUUGCUGUCGCUACCCACUGACGGUGGACUUCGAGGCUUUCGGUUGGGACUGGAUCAUCGCGCCCAAGCGCUACAAAGCCAACUAUUGCUCGGGCCAGUGCGAGUACAUGUUUAUGCAGAAGUACCCUCACACUCACCUGGUGCAGCACGCCAACCCGCGUGGCUCGGCGGGGCCCUGCUGCACCCCUACCAAGAUGUCGCCCAUUAACAUGCUCUACUUCAACGAUAAGCAGCAGAUUAUCCACGGCAAGAUUCCUGGGAUGGUGGUGGAUCGAUGUGGCUGCUCUUAA